CUUGAUGCUCAACUCCGUGCUAACCUGAUGGCUUUGCAUAAUCUCUCAGCAGCUCUCUGUUUCGUUGGAUUAGCACUGAUUACCAUAUUUGUGCCUUGCUUUGGUUCUGCUGCGCCAAGUCCAACCUACUCCCAAGACUCACCUGAAGCCUACCUAAAUGCGCACAACACCUAUCGUGCAGCGGUUGGUGUUCCACCGAUAAUUUGGGACAAGAAGGUGGCGGCGUACGCACAAAACUACGCCAAUCAAAGGAUCAGAGACUGCCAAAAGGUGCACUCCGGUGGACCUUACGGCGAGAACAUUGCAACCAGUAACGGAGAACGCUCGGGAACAGAUGCAGUGAUGAUGUGGAUUAAGGAGAAGGAUGACUAUGACUUCGAAUCACACACCUGCGCUGAAGGAAAGGUAUGCAGCCAUUUCACUCAGGUCCUCUGCUCGAUCCUCCUUGGGUGUGCAAAAGCACGAUGCAAUAGUGGCGGGACUUUUGUCAUUUGCAACUACGACCCCCCUGGAAACUUAGUCGGUGAGCUUCCUACGUCAGAACCACCAAUUGUUGAUCCGGUGAUAGAAGAUAUUCCCCUUCAAGGAAGAAAGAAGAGAACUAUAGUGCUAGUUGGGUCAAUUGUUGGGGCAUGUGUUUUGUUUUUUGGUUUUGGUUUCUUUGUGUUCUUUUUUUGGAGAAAAGGGAAAGGAAGUGCACUUAAUGAACUUGCCUUUAACGUGUCCUUUGGUGAUGAACUAGGGAAUGACAUGGGACCUAGGGAGUUCUCCUAUAAUGAAUUGUCUAAAGCAACAAAGAAUUUUGCAGAAGAAGAGAAGCUAGGUGAGGGAGGGUUUGGAUCAGUUUACAAAGGUUUAUUGAGGGGUUCAAAUUCAUAUGUUGCAGUUAAGAGGGUUUCAAGAAGGUCUCGACAAGGGAUCAAGGAGUUCAUUUCGGAAGUGAAGAUUAUUAGCAAAUUGAAGCAUAAGAACCUAGUGAAGCUUAUAGGUUGGUGCCAUGAAAAGGAACUACCACUUGUUUACGAGUUCAUGCCUAAUAGUAGCCUAGAUUCCCAUUUGUUCAAAGGAAGAAGCCUAUUGCCAUGGAAGCUUAGAUUCAAAAUUGUGCAAGGGUUGGCAUCAGGAUUGUCGUAUUUGCAUGAGGAAGGAGAUUUCUGCGUGCUACAUAGGGAUAUUAAAACAAAUAACAUUAUGUUAGAUUUGAAUUUUAAUGCUAAACUUGGGGAUUUCGGGUUAGCUAGGCUGGUUGACCAUGAAAAAGGAUCACGAACAACUCUAAUGGCUGGGACAAUUGGCUACAUGGCUCCAGAGUGUCAUAGAACAGGUAAGGCAAGCAAGGAAUCGGAUGUCUACAGCUUUGGAGUUGUGGCACUUGAAAUGGCAUGUGGAAGAAGAUCAAUAGAGCCUAAAUAUGAUGAAAAUGAAGCUUCAUUGGUGGCUUGGGUGUGGGAAGCUUAUGAAAACCAAAGGCUUUUUGAUGUGGUUGACAAGAAACUUUCUAAAGAUUUUGACUUUAAAGAGAUGGAGUGUUUGUUGAUUGUUGGUUUAUGGUGCGCGCAUCCUAUUGAUACUGUGAGACCAUCAAUAAAGCAAGCAAUGCAAGUGCUUAAUUUUGAUACAGCACUACCAAAGCUUCCAGGUAAGAUAACUAUACCCAUGUAUGAUAUUCCUUAUAUCCCAAUCCUCAAAACAGGGGAGGCUUAUUCAUCCCACAUGAGUAUUACUGUACCUCGAUGAUUUUCAUCUUAUGCCUGGAACAAAAUCGCUUCGAUAAUAAACUAGUUUAAUUAUU